UUUCAUGAAUCAGCUUCUAAAUCUGAGUCUGACUGAGAUUUACACUGUAAAGUAGAAAGUUUGGUUUGUAGUGAGAGAGAGAGAGCACAGCUGGAGAGACAUACAGGACAGGAGCUGUGAUUUUCAGGCUUCCACGUCUCAGAGAGUCGACAUGGCCGAGAGGAGAGCGCCGGGCCCGGUGGCGGAGGAGCCGGACUUCCUGCAGUUUAAUGAUCUGGCCUGUGAGUCGGUCGGUGGGAAGGUCGUGUUCGCGUCAGACGAAUGGUUCGCUCCGGCUGCCAACCUGCUGAAGAGAGAGCCGCCGCAGUUCAUCGCCUCGGCCUUCACCGAGUUUGGAAAGUGGAUGGACGGAUGGGAGACGAGGAGGAAGAGGACACCAGGUCAUGACUGGUGCAUCGUCCAGCUCGGAGUGCCCGGACUGAUCCACGGCGUCGACGUCGACACGUCCUUCUUCACGGGAAACCACUCGCCGUACGUGUCCGUCCAGGCCGGCUGUCUGAACCAACCACCAGACUUCACCCUGGAAGGAGACCGAACCGGCAUGGCUGCAUCCGACAGUCAGCUGGCUGCUGUCGCCAAGCUGGGCUCGGAGGCGUGGCCUGAGUUGGUGUGUGUGUCGCAGUUGAAGCCCGGAUAUGCAGACUGUUGCCAUAACUACUUCAAGGUGAACUUCAGCCACAGAGUGACACACCUGCGCCUCAACAUGUACCCAGAUGGCGGCAUAGCCAGACUGCGGGUGUACGGCGUCGGACUCAGAGACUGGUCGUCUGUUGCGUCCCAGCAGGACGUCGACCUGGUGGCUCUGACCAAUGGCGGGGUCUGCCUCGGCUACAGCGACGCCCACUUUGGACAUCCUCGCAACAUGAUUGGCCCGGGCCGAGCUGUCAACAUGGCCGACGGCUGGGAAACAGCCCGCAGACUGGACCGACCCAAACAGCUGGAGGCGGACCAGCGCGGCAUCCUGCAGGUUCCCGGCUGGGAGUGGGCCGUGUUCCGGCUCGGUCAUCCCGGAGAGAUCCGCAGCAUCGAGGUCGACACCCGCCACUUCAAAGGAAACUUCCCGGACUGCUGCCGGCUCGAGGCCCGGUCUCUGAGCCCCGAGGAGGAAGCGGCAUGCUUCCGGACCGGGUGGAACUCUGGGAAGUGGCAGCUCCUGCUUCCUCCUCAGAAACUCCGCCCUCAUCACCGUCAUCUGUUCGAGUCCGAGCUGACCCUGAGCCGACCCGUCAGCCACGUCCGGCUCAUCAUCAGUCCGGACGGAGGCGUCAGCCGGCUGCGGCUCUGGGGUCGAGCCACGCCCAUCGCUGCAGCUCCGGCCAAUCAGCAGAGAGCGGCGUCCAAACUGUGAUCCAAACAUGGAGACGUCACGUGUCGUAAUAAAUAAUAACGUCGA